AGCGAGCCGCGAACUGCGCGCACGGAUAGCCGAACCGUAUACUGCCGCUACGCGCCACGCUGACCCGCCACCGACAGUGGGCUCGCGGACGCCGCCAGAGACACACGCUCACCAAAGAAGGACGACCAUGCGAGCACCGCUGCUGAUUUGCGCGGCCCUCACAGCCUGCUGCUGCUGGCCGGCCGGGGCUCAGGACGACACAACAGACGCGCCGGACGUUGCCACCGACCAGCCUCCACCUGCCACGACACCCCCGCCGCCGCCGCCGCCGCCACCAGGCAUCAACCCGAAUCACUCGUAUUACCCGCCCAGCUACAGACCUCACUUCGGUGGUUAUAACCCUAACGGGUACUGGAACCGCUACCCUAGCCAUGGCUACUAUCCUCACUCCUGGUCGUACCGACCUCCCGCCUAUCACCCGCCUCCCACCACAUACGAGUGGUGGAGGCAGUUCAACAGGAGGCCUUCGUUCGAGCACGGUGGCUGGAGUGGUGGUGCUGGAGGCCAAGGUUACUCGCCGUCAGGCUGGCUCCGGCUACAGCGACAGCUGGUGGCAGCCGUACUACGUGGCCGUGGGCUACUAUAGGCGAAGCAGCUACCCACCUCAAAUGGGCUCUAGCUACCCGCCUCAAACGAGCUCUAACUACCCCAGCUACGGUGGACACUACGGCGGUUACGGCUCCGGUGCCGUUUACCCAUAUGUUAGCGGUAAUGACAAGUUUGGCUACCCGUACUACAGGAGUGGAUAUUACGGAGGGGGAUUGUACGGCGGGCAGAGCGGUUACGGUGGAGACUACACCCGCUCUUAUGGCUGUUAUUCUAGUGGCUGCGGAAGUUACGCACCCUCUUAUCCAUACAGCGGUGGCUAUCCGUACAGCGGUGGCUAUCCGUACAGCGGUGGCCAUCAGUACAGCGGCGGCUAUCCGUACAGCGGUGGCUAUCCGUACGCAGGGGGUAGCUAUGGCAGUUACCCGUACUCUAACACUUACGGAAACUACCCUUACUACGGUAUGGGUUAUGGAGUACAGCCGAACUACGGAGGUGGGCAUGCUUCUUACGGAAAUGGUCAUGGCACAUACUACGCAAGCGGUAGUGGCCAAGUAGGUCACCCCUCUUACAGUACUGGCUAUUACAGUCCUCAGAGCUAUGGUUACGGCUAUGGGUAUGGAUAUCCGUAUUAUAAUCAAGGUAGCAGCUACAGUAAUGGCUACAGAGGCUAUUCGACUGGAAAGUACUCUGGUGGUGGCUCGUACCCGUACGGAGCUCAUUAUAACCGCUACUACCCAGACUAUCAUCGUCACUAUUACUAUCCAGGAAUGACUCGCGGCUGGUACGACUGUACUUACUAUCCCACAGCAGUCAACAAGGGCUACGCAGUCUCAGGAUCUGAAGGCAUAAAACAAAAAGUUGACCUUACCAAACAGAACACCGAGAAAAUAAAGAGGACGUUCACGCGAAGGUCUAUUAGGGAUUUGCUGAAAAGCUCUGAAUACGCCGUCCCGGAGACCAGGAGGGCGAACGAUCGGGGUCCUAUGUUGGACCUCUCAAACGAUGGUCUCGGCGGUGGUAUGACACUUCUAUCCCAAAACAGUGCGACGAAAAAGGACGCUCCCGCCGGUCUGUUUCAGACUACGGAUAAGGCGAGGUCGUUGGCCAAGACAGACGGAUCCAACGACAGCGACCAGCGCAUCACGUCCGAAAUGGUGGAGAGCUUCGAGAGGAGGCUGACCGCUAUGAACCGCAUGUUCGAGGAGCUGCUGACUCCUAAGGACAUGCAGGAAAACGGCGAGUACUUCACGAGACGCAUUCGGACGUACCGCAGGCUGCUCGGCCAGAUGCAGCAGAGUGGUAUGGGAGUCGGCGUGUCACCGAACGACGUCUAUUCGCAAAACGUGCUGCGCCGGCUCAAAACGCUCGAGAGCGAGUUGGACGAUCACCGGAGGAGGGCGCUGCGAACUCUUUACCACGCCUUGACCGACUCGGACCUGACGGUGUCAGACAAGCUCAAAGUACUCGCCACCGUGUACAACUUCGCUAAAGGUGACAUGAGCGACGAAAGCGACGAGGGUGCCGAAUCUAUAGAAAGAAGCGUGAUCUCGCCUGAGGCUGAAGCUGGAAAGGCAUCUGAAAAUAGUAACUCGAUGACAGAUGCAGAGGUGAAGCAGUUUAACGAUAGGCUGGAUAAAUUCUUGGAACUUAUACGGAACACGGAGCCGUCGACCUCUGAAGAAGGAGGCGAAGGACGGUCCGACGCUUCGGCUGGAGCUUCGAAGUCCUCGUCCAACAGCCUGGAAUCUUCAAGCUCGGAGUCGUCGAGUUCAGAGUCUGACAGCUCCGGUGACCGGACAAAGUUUGAAAUCAAAGGAUCGGUCAGCUUGGCGGUUGAUGUGGAAGGAAAGACUGACUUUGGCGCUGACAGCAUUGGUAAUCUGAUGAAGACAUUACUGUCCUGAGGGCUCAAUUUCCGUGAACGCAGAGUACUUUUUUUCUAAUAAA